CAUGCGCCCAAGUAGAGUGAAACGGGUCAGCGUUACAGAACGGCGGUACCUUAAUUUCCCUGCCAGAGCGACGAUGAGCUGGACGCUGACGGGUUUCGUGCUGCUGUGCUUGUGGCGGCUACAGCGAGACGGCGCAAACGCCUGCAGGUGCGCCCCGUCGCAUCCGCAGCAGGUGUUUUGUCAAGCAGAUGUUGUCAUCAAGGCAAAGGUUGUUGGCGUGACAACUAGUGGUCGAUUCGAACCCGUAAAGUACAACAUCAACGUGACCAAGCUGUUUAAAGGCCCGAAAAUGAAUUUUGACGCCAUCUACACUGCGCCCAGCUCUGCUGCAUGUGGAAUCACUUUGGCCAAAGGCCUUUAUCUACUUAUGGCUCAUCUCGGGUCCGACGGUUCGCUUCACAUCUCUUCCUGCGACUUCUUCAAGCGUUGGGCGGACUUGAGCCUCUUUCAAAAGGAAGGCGUGUUGCGGCGCUACCAAAAGGGCUGUGAUUGCAAGAUCGCACGCUGCAUCUCGUUCCCGUGCGGCGUCAGCGCCCCGGCUGAGUGCUGGUGGCCCGACGUCGUGAUGGCUUUGUUGUCCAGACACUUUGCUUGCGUCAAGAAAAGGGACGCUUCUUGUGCCUGGGAAAGUGGAUUUCAUUAACUCCAAAUAAAAAUGAAUAAAAUCAA